GAGCCCUCUGUAUCUGGAGACGACGUGGAACAGCGUGUGCCUGUGGAUGUCCACACGGAAGGCAAGGAUGACGGCUUCACCCAAGAAGCAGGACAGGCAGCCAUCAACCCCAUGUUGGACCAGGUCAACAGCUGCCUGGACCACCUGGAGGAAAGGAAUGACCACCUCCAUAGCCGCCUCCAGGAGUGCUUGAAUCUAACUGCCAGGCACAUCUUGAGUUCCAGCAGGGGCUCAGGGAGGCCCCGAGUGAUUGGCAGCCCCUAG